GUGGACCUGUCAACUCGUGACCCCACCAACACUCGUCGCUGAAUCGGCUGCCAACUUUUCUUCUUCUCGCCUUUUGACACAUUGAUCUCUGAACCGAUCGGAAUGCAGUUGUGGGGUUAAGUAGUCUCUGCUCUCGACCCAGACCGUUCGGGUCCACACUUAGACUAUCCUUUUGUAACUCCUUGUCACCGGUGGAUUGUAAAGUACUCUGCUCGCGCGCACUCUGGUUUUGCCUAUCUUCGUUUCACAGCACCCGCGACGUCGUGCAAGGUCUUGUAAGAUGGGUCUUUUUAAGGUGGUGGAGCAGGAAACUAAGCCGAUCGAUGGCCAGAAGCCUGGCACAUCUGGUCUGCGCAAGAAGGUGACAGUAUUCAAGCAAGAGCAUUAUCUUGCCAACUUUGUUCAGGCUACCUUCGAUGCUCUUCCUUCGGAGAAAGUGAAAGGCUCCAACAUUGUUGUAUCUGGAGAUGGCCGUUACUGGUCGACGGAAGCUAUUCAGAUCGUCAUCAAGAUCGCCGCUGCUAAUGGCGUAAAGAGAGUGUGGGUCGGACAGAACACACUUUUAUCCACCCCCGCUGUGUCUUCAAUCAUCCGAAACCGAGUUAACAGUCAGGGUGAAAAGGCUUACGGGGCCUUCAUUCUGACUGCCAGCCACAACCCUGGUGGUCCCGACGAGGAUUUUGGAAUUAAGUACAACUGUGAAAACGGAGGUCCAGCUCCUGAAAGCUUGACCAACAAGAUUUAUGAAAAUACCAAGAAGAUUACAGCUUAUCGAACUGCGGAUGGCAUCCCAAAUGUUGAUGUGACCCAAAUUGGUGUUACCAGCUUUGAGGGACCCAAUGGCACCUUUGACGUGGAAGUGUUCGAUUCAACUGAGGAUUAUGUUAAAUUGAUGAAGUCUAUUUUUGACUUCACAGCAAUCAAGGAUUUGAUCACAAACCCUAAGUUUACCUUCUGUUAUGAUGCACUUCAUGGUGUUGCUGGUGUGUACGCCAAAAAGAUCUUCUUGGAAGAAUUGGGAGCAAAGGAAAGCUCAUUGUUAAACUGCGAGCCGAAGGAGGACUUCGGUGGAGGUCAUCCUGACCCAAACCUAACUUAUGCUAAGGAACUUGUGCAAGUCAUGGGAUUGGGCAAGACCCAACCAGAUGAGGUUCCGGAAUUCGGUGCCGCGGCUGACGGUGAUGCUGAUCGGAACAUGAUUCUUGGCAAGAGGUUUUUUGUAACCCCGUCAGACUCUGUGGCUAUUAUUGCAGCCAAUGCUGUUGGAGCCAUCCCUUAUUUCAGUGGUGGUCUGAAGGGAGUUGCCAGGAGUAUGCCAACGUCCGCUGCGCUUGAUGUGGUGGCUAAGAAGUUGAACCUUAAGUUUUUCGAGGUACCAACAGGGUGGAAGUUCUUUGGUAACCUCAUGGAUGCCGGCAUGUGCUCUGUGUGCGGUGAAGAGAGUUUUGGAACAGGUUCUGAUCACAUAAGAGAGAAGGAUGGAAUCUGGGCUGUUUUGGCAUGGCUCUCCAUUCUGGCUCACAGGAACAAGCAAGCUGGUGGUGAUAAGCUUGUGACAGUGGAAGAGAUUGUUACUGAACACUGGAACACCUAUGGUCGACAUUAUUACACGCGUUACGAUUAUGAGAACGUGGAUUCCGAUGCUGCAAAAAAACUUAUGGAGAAUCUUGUUGAGCUCCAAUCAAAUCUGGAUGAUGUGAACAGUAUGAUCAAGAAGAUCAGACCAGAUGUUGCUGAGGUUCAAGAAGCAGACGAGUUUGAGUACAAGGACCCAGUUGACCAGUCCGUGUCUUGUCAUCAGGGUAUCCGUUAUCUUUUCAAGGAUGGUUCUCGGCUGGUAUUCCGUCUCUCAGGAACAGGUUCAGUCGGCGCUACAAUUCGUCUUUACAUUGAGCAGUACGAAGCUGAUCCUACCAAGACCUUCAAGCCCUCAGCUGAGGCUCUGGCACCUCUUGUGGAGGUAGCUUUGAAGCUGUCAAAGAUGGAGGAAUUUACGGGUCGCUCAGAGCCUACCGUUAUCACUUAGACAGUGUACUAAUGGCAAACAGUGGAAAGCGAGGCAGAACAUGGUUUAUGCAACACGCAGCAUGGUUGGUUGUGUAAUUGCAGUAGUAGUGGAAGGAUCUUGGGAUCUACAUUCGUAUUUUGGGAGGAGUUAAAUAUGAACCUAGUUGUUUCCACAGACGCACUUUGCCGAAACAGUGAAGUUACAGUCAAAUGUGCAGAACCGAUUUCUCAAUUUUGUAUUUUUUGAAAUAAAAUACCUUGAUGUAAAAACGCAUGGCAUCGUGUGAUUGUUUCAUGUUGAUGCUUAUAAAAUGUGUUAUCUGGAGCUA